CCCCGCCGCCUUCCGCAGCCGGGCGGCGCCGCGCUUUCCGCGGUGCCGCUGCCCGGACGCCAUGAGGGAGGCGGAGGUGUGGAGGCUGCUGGCUGCCAACCUGCUCUGCGCCCUGGCCAUCGUCCUGGCCACGCUGGGCCCCGCUUUCGUCCUGGACGGAUUCAGCGUGCUGGGAACGCACCUCGCGUGGCUGUGUGUCUGUUCUGUUUGUGUCGCUACCCUUAAUAUAAUCUUGCACUUAGUCCUUAAACCUAAUCAGUCUCCUAAGAGACGUUCCUUUGGUCACAAGAUAUCCAGAUUUCUAAAAUGCUGUAUAUACUUUUUCAUGUCUUGCAUACUGUUUCAUGCGAUUAUUGUUCUUUAUGGAGCACCUCUCAUAGAGUUAGUGACUGAGACAUUUUUGUUUGCAGUUCUUCUGUCUACAUUUACUACUUUACAAUGCUUGUGUUUGCUGGGACCAAACAUACAGGCAUGGAUACGGGUAUUUAGUAAAAAUGGAGCUAUGUCCAUAUGGGAGAGCAGUCUACAGAUUACUUCUGUGUGCAGUAUACUUGGAGCUUGGUUUGGAGCAUUUCCUAUUCCUCUUGACUGGGAUCGACCUUGGCAGGUAUGGCCCAUUUCCUGUUCCCUCGGAGCUACCUUUGGCUAUAUGGCUGGUCUGAUUAUUGCACCUCUGUGGAUACACUGGAACCGGAAGCAGCUUACAUACAAAAGCAGAUAACUGGAGCAAAAAGAGACAAGAUACGGGCUUCUCUUUCAUAUCAUUCAGUCUUGCCAGAGUUUUUGGGUCAUCACGGAGAUCAAUCUAGCAAGAAAGAUUGAAGUCAUGCUGGAAUACUUUCUCUAAACAAAAGUCAGCAGGCAAUGAUACCCUCUUUUUAAAGGAGAAUCAUUCAAUGGAAUAUUAUCACUAUAAAAAUGGAGUCAUGGCAUGAU